AUGAUUAUCGAUACGGCGAACCCGUCCAAUGUGGUUUCGGGGUUUGGUUUCGAGUGGCCUGAUGCGCUGCGGCUCCGCGGGUCGGUCAUCCGCAUUUCGUUCAUCUACGUAGCGGCCAUGACCGGUUACGGCGUUGGUAUUGCAUUCCUGAUACAACACCACAAGGACCUGGCGAUCAACAUGUCGGUGAUGUCGUUUGUGUCGCUUGUGCUCUCGCUGCUGCUGGUGUUCCGCACCAAUUCUGCGUACGACCGGUACUGGGAGGGCCGGAAGAUCUGGCAGGACCUGAAGGUCACGUCGCGCAACCUGAUUCGCAACCUGUGGUGCGGAGUGCUGGAGAACUCGAUCGAGGACAGCGUGCAGAAGCGCCAGGCGCUGAAGAGCGUCGCAGCCUUCGUCAUCUCAGUCAAGCACUACCUGCGCGGCGAGGACGGCGUGGACUACGCAGACUACGACGGGCUUUUGUCACCCGAGUUCCGGCUGCUGCUUGCAACCAACAACAACGCGUACAACUACGGGGCGAUCGGCGCCGGAAACAACAGCCCGAUGGGCGGCUCGCGCACCGGACUGGCGGCCACCAGCGCGACAUUCCACGCGCAGCGGCUGACCGAGGGCUGGGAGCGCCAGGGCGAGGUGCCGCUGCCGUCGCUGCUGCUGUUUGAGAUGCAAAAGUUUGGCGAGUACAUUAUGGACAACAAGCUGUGCCAUGUGCCGUUCUACGCCAGCAUGCUUGCCACAAUCAACACUCUGAGCGCGUCGCUGGGCGGCUGCGAGCGCAUUCUGUCGACGCCGAUUCCGCUGGCGUACCGGAUCCACCUGACCCACACCCUGUAUUUGUACCUGCUUGUCCUGCCGUGGUCGCUCGGCAGCAUGGGGUCGCUGUGGAAGACCAUUGUCCUGCAGUUCAUCAUCUCGUUCAUGCUCAUUGGUAUUGACUCGAUUUCGCGCGAGAUCCAGAACCCGUUCGGAUACGACGCCAAUGAUCUGCCGCUGGACGCGUACUGCGACAACAUUCUGCUGGAGCUCAACAGCGCGCUUAGCCACAACUCGCCCAAGGCCCUGGUGUCGAACGAGGACACGCUGUCCAACCACAAUGUUGCUACAGGCGGCGGCGCGGCGGGGGAUGACAAGAGCGCCAACGGUGGUGAUAGCACGGAGUGA